AUGUCCUUUCAAUUUGAGGACGGUCUUGGUAAGAUAACCAACGAACUGGGCAAGUACAUGGUCGACCAUGGAGACUUGGAUGAAUUAAAACCUCUGGACGGCUUGAUUAAUCUUCCAGCUUAUUUGAAACGAAGAUCUAAAGAAGAAAUCUUAACGAAGCCACCUCAUCUAAGAGAGGGGUUAAUGCAAAUCGAUUCACUUGUUGGCGACUCUGAAACUGAUUCAUUCGAAGGAAUGGACGAAGACAGUGAUGACGAAAUUAUGAAAAUGAUGGUACCCCAGCGCAGAACAGUAGGUAGACUGGCUUUCUUGUUUGAGUCCGUAGAUGAAAUCGAUAGUCAACAAUCAGGUGCCCACGCUGAAGAAAAAGAUGCCAAAGAUAAGAAAGAUCCUUACAGAAAGUACACUCCAGAGCAAGUGGCGGGAUUUUUUGAUGAAAUAACAAGGCAAGUAGGGUCCUCGGUUGCCAAAAUAGCUCGUUCUCAUGGAAUACAAGAAAGCACUGCGCAAAGAUGGGUAAGAGACUAUAAAAAGUCCGAAAAGUUGCCAUUUGAUGUUGUAAGAGGCAGAAAGAAGAAGUCAAACAAAUUGAAUGAAACUCACGAGGAAUUUCUUAAAUCAAAACUUGUGGAUGAUUGUACUAUGUCUCUUGACAUGAUGAUUUCUGACUUACUGGACCACUUUGAAGGUCUUUGUGUGAGUAAAUCAACUUUGGGUCGGUUUCUCAGCGACAAUGUUCAUUUCACAUUCAAAAAGAUCAGAAAGGAGCCAAUUGCUCGAAAUACAGAGUGGAUGAUUGACAAGCGGUAUGAUUAUGUUAGCCUUAUAAACAGAUCUGAUAUCGACUACUACAGCAACUGUAUUUUCAUAGACGAGGCAGGUUUUCAAAUUGAUAUGUCUCCUCUGUAUGGGUGGGCUCCAUCUGGUGUUACUCCCGUUUCUAGAGUAAGCGGAAAAUCGGAAAACAGAACUGUAAUGGGAGCUGUUAACUCGAAGGGAGUUGUACAACUCAACUUGAAAAAGCCGUUCAGGAACGUUGCAAAGAAGAGGAAGACUGCCUCAGCUAGAAGAGGUCAAGCAAAUGAAGAUAGAGAUGAAUCAGUUGGCACUACAGCAGGGCAUUUCAAAUAUUUUGUUCUUGAUGUCCUUCUGACAUUGGAUCUCUACCCUGAGUAUAGGAACUGCUAUCUCAUCAUGGACAAUGCAAGUAUUCACAAAAAUCCCUCUAUUGAGAGAAUAAUUCUAAGCAGAGAAACAGGUAACUUUCUCUCUAAAGAAAAGCAAAAUUGA